AUGGCCAUGCUAGGCAUGCCAUCAAUGGUGUUUGCUGCAUCUCUGACCCAGGUCUCUAACUGGGGUAAUCCUGUCAACGGGGUCAGCAUGUAUAUUUAUGUACCUGACCGGGUGGCAACUAAGCCUCCAGUUAUUGUGGCGAUUCAUCCAUGCGGGGGCUCUGCGCAAGAGUACUUUAGUCUUACCCGGCUACCCUCGUACGCGGAUAGCUUUGGCUUCAUCCUCAUCUAUCCCCAGACGACUAAGGAUCAAAAUUGCUGGGAUUGCUACAGCUCUGCAUCUAACACUCACAAUGGCGGUAGCGACUCAAAGGCCAUUGCAGCCAUGGUUUCGUAUACUCUUGGCAAGUAUAAUGGCGACGCCUCCAAGGUUUUCUCUGUGGGGUCCUCGUCUGGGGCUAUGAUGACACCGAUCCUUAUGGCUGCCUAUCCCGACGUCUUUGCUGGAGGCGCAGGCUUUAGCGGAGUUCCAGCUGGAUGCUUCGAGAACGCGACCUCUUCUACACCAUCCACCCCAGACCAGAGCUGCCCCCACGCCCAGAAGGGUUUUACAGCGCAGCAAUGGGGAGAUAUUGCACGCGCCGAGUAUCCGGGAUACACUGGUCAGUACCCGAAGAUGCAAGUUUGGGAGGGGACUGCCGAUACUCUAGUGACCAUUGGGAAUCUUCAAGCUCAGUUGGACCAGUGGAGCAACGUCAUGGGGUUGAGCUUUUCACACAACGAGACCAACACGCCGCAGUCAGGCUAUACGAAGAUUGUUUACGGCGACGGCACAAGAUUGGUUGGCUACAGUGCUGCAGGCGUAGGCCACUUUGUGCCUUUUCAUGAAACUGAUGUCCUCGACUUCUUUGAUCUUCUGGGCGGCACUUCCACAAGUUCUUCUACACAGCCUUCAGGCCCCACGAGCACAACGGGAGGCGGCGGAGGCCCCAGCUGUACUGCAGCUCACUGGGCACAAUGUGGCGGAAUGGGCUACAGUGGAUGCACAGUCUGUGCCUCUCCAUACAGCUGCCAGGUCUCAAACGCGUAUUACUCUCAAUGUCUGUGA